AUGAAUCGACCUAAUCGGCCUCGCAAUCGCCAACCUCGCCCUCCACGCCAGGAGCGGGAUAAUCAACGGGGUGGCUCAUCACGACCAUCCCGAGCACCGGGAACACCGCAACAGGCAGCGGGCACAGUUCCAAAGGUGCAUCAGGUCAUACCCGGAGCACCUGUAUUUAUCAUUCUGAAAGAUGAUCAGCCUACAGGAGAGGAAACAAAGGGAAUAGUCCAAGAUGUUCUCACACGAGGCAAUCAUCCACGAGGAAUCAAAGUGCGACUACGAGACGGCCAGGUGGGCAGGGUACAAAGGAUGGGCAACACCUCUGAAGCUGCUACCCCUGCGCCCUCAGAUGAGUCGAGAGCGCAAGCGACAUCUGGAAGUUCAAGAUUUACUAUGCGAUAUACGGAUGUGAGACGGGACGAUGAGUUUGCUACGGGCCCGCCGCCUAGGAGCUUGGCAGAUUUCAUGCCGGAUUUCGAAGAGAGCUCGACAAAUGCGCCGAAUGCUGGUGUUGAGACGGUCAAAUGCCCCUUUUGCGACAAGUUUGAAGGUGAUGAAGCUGCUGUUACACACCAUAUUGAUCGGGAGCAUUUGUCCUAG